AUGGAAUGCACGCGGCUGCCGGUGGUCGAGGGCUUCGUACAAAUUCUCUUGAUCGACCGAGCGGAUUCGUCGUCCUAUACCAAUCUCACCUUCCCCGAUCUGGUCGAGAUCACAGGAUACCUUAUUUUAUACAGAGUAAGCGGAUUGAGAAGCGUCGGCCGCCUGUUCCCCAACCUUGCGGUCAUUCGCGGCCAUUCUCUCUUCAUUAACUAUGCCCUCGUGGCAUUCGAGAUGAAUAACCUUCAGGAGAUCGAUCUUCAUUCGCUGACCAACAUCCAACGCGGAUCCGUGCGAUUCGAGAAGAAUCCGACGCUCUGCUACGUCGAUACCAUCGACUGGGACAUCAUCGCCAAAGCUGGCAAAGGGGAACACGUCAUAUCGGUAAGCGUCAUCGUCCUCCUUCCUUUUUUUAUAUACUCAUGA